AGGAAGAGCUGACAACCUGGAAUUCCUCUUCUAGGAGGGCAGGAUCUAUGAUCGGUGGGGUGCCUAGAGGCAGAGCAAAACGGCGAAUAUGUUGUUUGCGAUCGCGCUGGCGCAGAAACUGGGGGUGAAGUAUAAUCUACAGGCGUUCAGUCUGCAUUCGGGGUGUAUCUCUACGAAACUGGACCGGCAUGUGGAUUGGAGUUUGGAGAUGAAAGAGUACUGUGUGGGUCGGUCACUCGGGAAUCGAGAGGGUUGGGGGUAUGGAUUCGGCGCGGAACCUUUGCAGAAGAGGCGCUGCGACUCACGUCUAUGCGGCGUUUGAUCCGAGCUUGAAGGGUAGAAGGUACUCGGGCCAUGCGCAACGGUCGCUGUCAAUGGGGUGUAUCUGAUUGACUGCCAUGUGGCCAACCCUUUGGUCGAUACACUCAAGCCGUGGGCAACCAGCAGCUUCAAGGCCGAGAGGCUAUGGAGACUGAGCGAGAAGCUGCCAGGUCGGCCAAGGAUUCCCUUAUCGAGGAAAUCGGGCUGUAAAGGGCUAAAAACACAAUCAAUCUCAUACAUGCAAUGGCCACCUAAUAUACACUCUAGAAUGCUGCUUCUCUGUUCGCCUGCCCUAAAUAUGCAUAGAUACAUCAACAAGGUGCCCGUGGGGUAUAUGAUAAGCUGAAUCAAGGCGCCGCUCGAAAUUUUGGUACAUCUUGAGGAGAAGAAGAUUAAAUCAUGGCAGUAUGUCUUUACAGAC